GCACUCCCAAUAUUUUUCACUGAACAAAAAGGGCCGCCCACUUAGAAAUAUUGGAGAGUUGUCGAUAGUAAAAGCUGAAGACGGACAUCGGAAAGUAGGCGAAGAAGAACUAAAAUCGCACAGUGACACCAGCUCUUAUAUCACAGUCAACUGACAACGCUGCAAUGGACCCAAUAGCCAAAGUGGCUAUCAAGAAACAGUCCAGAGUUCCUGGAGUUAUAAUCACACAAUGUGUAGAGCAUCUGCCUCUAGGAAAGUCGACACCUGACUUCAUUCGGAAGCCAUUGGCUACAACUGUUCAAGAGGGUAAAAAAGCAGCUUUAAAAGCGAUGGUUAGUGGAGAACCAGUACCGACUGUCACCUGGGAGCGUAACAAGGGCGAAGUUAAUGACCAAGAAAAGUACAAGACCAGAUAUGACGAAAGGGCUCGAGAACACAUAUUGGAGAUACCUAAUGUAAAACUAGACCAAGCUGACAGCUACAGGUGCUUCGCCACCAAUGAGUAUGGAAAGGCCGUCUGCACCACAACGCUCACUGUGACUGAAGUUGGCUUGAAGAAGAAAGGUCAGGCAGCAAAUGGACAAGCACCACAGGAUUUCCGAUCAAUGCUUAAGAAAACUGUUGUUGUCACCAGGAAAAAACAACUGCCACCAAUGAAAGAGGGAGAAAUUGAUCCCAAGCUCUGGGAACUGCUUCUCAGUGCACCAAGGAAAGAUUAUGAAAAGAUCUGUUUUGACUUUGGUGUUACCGACUUUCGCUGGCUGCUGAAGAGACUCAACCAGAUGAAAAAAGAACGGGAAGAUGAGCAGGCAAAGGUUGUAGAGAAGCUGGAUGAUGUGAAACAAAUAGAAGUGAAACCUGGCGGAAGAGCUGAAUUUAGCCUUAACAUGACACUAUGGGACCCCAACAGUGCAAUUAACUUAUACAAGGAUGGAAAAUAUGUGCCGUAUGGUGAUGAUGAAAAUUCAAAUCCCAGCCUCAAAAAAACUGGGACAAAGUACGUGUUCAGCAUAAAAGACCCUCAGCCAGAAGAUGCUGGAUUUUACCAGCUUGAUGUUGAUGAGGCAAAUGUUCUUACAACUGACUUUCAGGUGCCUGCUGUGGAGUUCAUAGCCAAGAUCAAGGAUGAGAAGGCUGUUGAAAGUGAGGAUGCCAUCUUUCAGUGCGUCUUGUCAACACCCCUCAACAGAAUUACUUGGUCAAGACGGGACUCGUCGCUUGAACAUGGGGACAAAUAUGAGAUCACGGUCUCAGAGGACAAACUCAUUCACACAUUAAGAGUUAAAGACUGUAAAAUGGCAGAUAAUGGAGCAUAUUAUGCCAUUGCUGGGAUAACUUCCAGCACUGCCUCUCUCACAGUAGAAGCUGAUCCAGAUGGCAGUAAAGGCCAUAAGGGCAUCAAUAGUAGUGAUCGGGAUGAUUUGACUAAACUAGCAUUGGAACAGCAGGCCAAGCUCCAAAGAGAGAAAGACAAACUGGAGGCAUCCAGACAUGCACAGGCUGAAGAGGACGCUGCAGAUGCAGCAGCUGGAGCUGCACUGGGGGAUGGAGGAAAGAGUGAUGGAGACGAAGGUGUUGGAGACAACAAGUAUGAAAACCUUCUUGAAGAUGGAGAUGGUGAAAAUAGAAAGGAUGAUGUGGAUGAUAAGAAAAAGAAGCGACUACGAACUGGUCCUUUGGUGCCUGACACUGUUAUAGAUCGAGGAGUUCAGUUUGUCAGUGGGAUGUCAGAUACUGUUGCCAAUAUUGGUGAACGGGCUGAGUUGUCUUGCAAACUAAGCAGUGACGCCUCAGAGGGACGCUGGUAUAAAAAUGGGAAGGUGCUAACCAAUGAGGAUGGGGUAACAAUUAUCAAAGAUGGAGCCUGUCACAGGUUGAAGAUUGAUUGCUGUAAAAGAGACGACACAGCUGUUUACCGCUUUGAAGCAGAGGGACGUAAAUCAGAAGCAACACUUAAUAUUCAAGAUCCGCCGAAGAUUGACAGUGACGCUCUGGGAAAAUUCACAAAGCCAGUUAUUAUAAAGGCAGGUGACAAUGCCCAAUGGAAGCUGCCAUUCUCAGGUGGGGCCCCAAUGAAUAUACAGUGGUACAAGGAUGAUGAGGAGCUUUUGCCUGCCCUUCAUGUGAAGAUUGAAACAUCAGCUACUGAGAGCCAACUACGCCUUACAAAGUGCCAAAGGAAAGACAGUGGAGAGGUCAAAAUAAAAAUAAAAAAUGAAUUUGGUACAACCGAAGCAACUUCCAAACUUAUUGUACUAGACAAACCCACACAACCACAGGGACCUGUGGACAUUGUGGAAAGUGCUGUAACAUCUAUUGAGUUCAAAUGGAAACCGCCUAAAGACAGUGGCGGGUGCCCCAUCACAAACUACAUCAUAGAACGUCAACAAUUGGGACGCAAUAAAUGGACGAGUCUCGGCGAGAUCUUUGGCAACAACGCAAGUUACAAAGACUCAGAUGUGGACCCCGGAAGGAGAUACUGCUACCGGAUCAGGGCCAAGACUGAGGAGGGCAUAAGUGAUUACCUGCAGACUGACGACAUCGCUGCUGGUGUGCUGCGUUAUCCAGGGACCCCAACAGCUCCCAAAGUGGUCAAUGCCUUUAAAGACUGCAUCCAUCUGACAUGGAGUCCUCCAUGUGACACUGGAGGAACCAAAAUAGUGGGAUAUAAUUUGGAAAAGAACAAAAAAGGCACUAAUUACUGGAGCCUUGUAAACCAAGGCGGGCCAAUCACAGAUACAAAGUAUGCAGUAAAAGACGUCUUCGAAGGGGCAGCAUAUGAAUUUAGAGUUUCUGCUAUUAACCUGUCUGGUGCUGGAGAUCCUAGUAUUCCAUGUGACACAGUAAUUGCAAGAGAUCCAAUGAAACCUCCAGGCAAAGUCACAGACCUGAAGUUAUCAUUCUCCAACUACACCACAUUUACGCUGGCUUGGAUUAAACCUAAAGAAGUGAAAGGGGUGGAGGAUGAAGCCCAGGGAUACUACGUGGAGAUUAGACCAACAGAAAGCCUUGAAUGGACCCGCUGUAAUGCCACCCCAAUUACUCUAACUUCCCACAAUGUGCUUGGUUUGAAGGCAAUGGCCACAUACUGGGUGAGAGUAAUUGCCACCAAUUAUGGAGGUGAUGGACAACCGCAGGGCUUCCUUAAUUACAUCGUUGCCAUGCCCCCUCCUGUAAGGCCAAAAUUCAAAGACCGCAACAUGAAGACCUUUGUGGUGGUGAGAUCUGGAAACACAGUCCGUUUGAACGUCAACUUUGAGGCCUGCCCACUGCCAGAAAUCUCUUGGUUAAAAGACGGCAUCCCAGUGCCUAAACAUGUAACAAUUACAAACUCUGAUAAAGGCUCUCAGCUGUUAAUCCCCACAUCUGAGCGGUCCGACACUGGGGUCUACGCCAUCACUGUCAAGAACCUGGUCGGCCAGGAGAGUUUCAACGUUGAAAUCAGAGUUACAGAUAAUCCCAAACCUCCAGGACCGGUGGAGCUGGAUGAGAACAUCCCAGGAACAGUGACUCUGUCCUGGUUGCCCUCUCCAGAUGAGAAGAGGGAUGACAGGCUGCACUACAUGGUAUCCAAAAAAGACUCCUUCAAGCCCACUUGGAGGACAGUGGCUGACAACCUCUUCAACUAUAAGUUUACAGUUGUCAACAUUUUGCCUGGAUGGGAGUACUACUUCAGAGUGUUUGCCAAAAAUGACAUGGGCCUUUCAACACCUUCUGAAUCCCCUGUGUUUGGAACCAAAAAGGAAAAAGGAAAGUUCCUGGUGAACAUGCCAGAGACAAAAUGCUUGGACUUUCAGUCGCCUCCAGCGUUCAUCGUUCCCCUGAAGAGGCGUAUAGCUCCACAAGGUUACGAGUGUCACAUGAGUUGUGCAGUUAAGGGUGAUCCAGCUCCACGAGUGACUUGGUACCACAACAACAUCAGCCUCAACACAAACACCAACUACCACAUCACCAAUACAUGCGGUGUAUGCUCCUUGCUCAUAUUACGGGUGGGAGCCAAAGACAACGGGGAAUACAAUGUUGUAAUUGAGAACAAACUGGGGACAGCCGAGUGCUCUACGAUCCUGAAUGUCAGAGAGUGAAGAUGUGCUGCACCUGAUGGACAGAAGCUGAAUUACAAGAUUUGUCACUGGUGUUUUGGAUUAAACUACAUGACAAUUUAGAUUAUUUUUAGGUUAAUCCCCUUCCCACUAGUUUGAUUAACCAGUAUUUAAAAGUAUUUCUUUGAAGUUUAGAAAAACUCCACAAACUUUAAUUUUUUUUCCACACUAGCGUUUUUUAGUGUAGAGUGUUUGAAAAUUGCACACCCGUUUCAUUUUCCUUGGAAAUUGGAGAUGAAAUUACCAUAAAUAGGAAAGUUCUGUGUUUAAAAUCAAGGUUUAUCAAUUUAGCCACACAUGUUACACUUCCUAGUUUUACCUACUCUUUUGAAUCCUGGAGCAUUAUGCAAGAGAGAUUCUGUGAAUGCUUUGUUUCUAUACAUAUAGGGAGCAUGUGCAAUUGCAUUUAAAAAUUGUUUUAAAAAAAAAGAUCGGCCCCGGGAUUUGUGGUUCUUAUUUGAGUGUGUGAGCGAAUUACGUGCCAGUUCCUUGUUGUGCUGGGCAAGAGGUACCAGAAAAGGGAAUUAAAUAAGUCAAUCGUCAGUACUUCAUGUAAGUAUAACUUUGAGGUAAUUGGCUUAUGCUUGAAUCUUGGAAGAUUUUCUUUUUUUUCUUCUUACCAUACUCACUUUCAGAGAGUGUAGUUCACAACGCUUAUGCCACAGAGCAGUUUGUUACAAUUAGUUGAUGUAUCAUCUAGUCAAAUGACAACAAUA